GAGAGUCCCAGUAGGCUAGACGAGGAGCAUCGUCUGAUUGCUCGCUACGCAGCACGCCUGGCAGCAGAGGCAGGCAACUCCACAGUGAGUAGCUCCACAGUGAGUAGUGUGUAUGUGACUAGUAGGGCAACCCCAGGGUGGUAUUCUGUCAGCCUGCAUUUAGCCUCUUCUUAUUAUGUAACACUUUGUGUAACUGCAGAAUGUCCAUAAAGAGAUAAUAAUGAUCUCUGCACCGAGAAUCAAAUCAGAUAAUGUUAAGGCUGUCACCAGAGACUAACACAAUCAUUACCCACAGUGUAGUCCGUCGAUCAAAAUUAGAUGAAAUUAAGUUGCAGGUUGGCUGAAAAGGUCCCUGAUGUUAGAAUAGUCAUUCAAACAUCUAAAGCACAGCACGCAUGACUUUUAAUUCUGGGCAAUAGAUCAUGUUUGAUGUGUUACUCUCUCUUUUAUCCACUCAGUUUUAUUAAUUCUGUGUUUAAUGGUAAUUUUGUCUUUCAGCAAUGUCCUCCAACAGAUCUGAGUUUCAACUUUGAUGCCAACAAACAACAGAGGCAGCUAAUAGCAGAACUAGAGAACAAGAACAGGUGGGAAUGUAUUUGAUUGUCACUUUAUGAAUAAACAUGAAAAUAAUCAAAAAAUCACUACUUAAAGGAACUGUCCGGUGAAAAUUUCACUUUUAAAAGUUAAUAUUCUAUUAAUUCAUACCCAAAUAAUGUAGUUGACUCAUCCUAUACUCGUAUCUGUGGCCAAAGCAUAAAUUUGAGAAAAAACACUUCCAAAACCCCACCUCAAACUCAAAAAUGCUUGCUAUUUCCUCAUAGAACAUGAUGAGAUAUUGGCUCAUUGGCUGAGCUGGCCAAUCAGCUGUCUACUCGCAUUAAUAUUUUUAAUGACCAUUCUGUUGUUGGGGUACGCCCACACCAUUCCAACACAGAAAAGCUGCUUUUUAACAUACUUAAUCAAUAAAAAAUUGGAAGGAAAACUAUUUCACUCAUAUUGUAAUGAAUUAUAGGUCAUAUUUCAUAGAAAUCUGGAAACACUGGACAGUGACUUUAUCAGGUAAUUUAGUUAAAUCAGUCAUUAGAUGUAUUGUAUGCUCAUAACUUAAGAAUUUUGUGAAAUAUAAGUAAAUAAACUGAAAUCUAUCUUGGUCACCAGAACCUGCUUUCAAAACGUCAUCGGCAGAUUUUAAAUCUCCAUUUUGUUGUGUCUUCUGGUCCCUCAGAGAGAUCCUUCAGGAGAUCCAGCGGCUGCGUCUGGAGCAUGAGCAGGCCUCCCAGCCCACCCCCGAGAAGGCCCAGCAAAACCCCACACUGCUGGCCGAACUCAGGCUCCUUAGGUACCACAUAUCCACCUAGAUCUAUUACCCACAUAUAUCUUAUCUAUAUCCUUCUAUAUCAUUAAUAUCUAUAUCCUCUAUAAUCAAUGUUAUAACUGCUCAUCACAUAUCUAUACACUCUAAAGUCAUAACUACGCCUUUAUUAACUCUUUAUUACUAAUUGAUAUGCCUUAAUAAAGUAAAGUAUGCCUUAAUUCCUCAGUAAACACAGCAUGACCUAUAACAGCACUAACAGCCAGUGGCCUAUGUGUGUGUUAGAUAUCUGUCUUUAUUAUGGCCUAUAGCCCUGAGGUAGAGAGGAGAAGAAAGACAGCCAGGAAGCAGAUGGUUGAAUUUUUGAAUAGGCAGAUAGAUGGACAGGACAGUGUAUUCAGUCCUCAACAACGUUUUGAGCUCAUAAUGUGAAUGAAGAUAAUUACCACAUUUGACCACCAGAGGGUGUUCAGACGCCAAUGGUUCAAUUGGAUUAUCAUCACAUAAAAAGGGAUUGAGCCAGUAGUGUGUUCAGUUGUCUCUUUCUGUUACGCUGGAGUGUAACCAGCAGGCUCAAAGAAGGGACUGUCUGUGAGCAUGUUGUCUUUGGGAUGUUGGGAAAGGGACAGAUAAACAAAAGACUGACUAAUGUUUUACAUCAGUGGUUUUCAAAACCGCUCCUCUGGGACCCCCAGCCAUUCAAUGUAUUUGAACUAUUUCAGAGCUAUCACACCUGAUUCCAAUCAUCUAUUAAUCAUCAACUGAGGUAGACUGAGGUAAUUGUGAAACAUCUGACGGUCCCAGAGAAGAGGUUUGAAAACCACUGUCUUACAUCAGCACGACGCCACCUGACAGAAGAGUGUGGGGACUGACAGGCUUUCACCUUUCAGGAGGCAAUAGGGACUGACAGCCAGGUGUUGUUUGUGUGUAAUUGGGGGACAACAGACACAGGAAGGAUGAGCUGGAGAGGCGCAUGUCGGCCCUACAGGAGAGCAGACGUGAACUGAUGGUCCAGCUAGAGGGACUGAUGAGGCUACUCAAGGUAGGAGAGGACUAUGACUACGGAGUAUUAUACACUAUCUGAUACACUAUAUCACUAUCUGUUUGUUGUUAUUCUGACUUUUAUAUACUAACGCUGUACUAUUUGUUAGUUGUAUAUCCGUAUCAACAUCUAUCAUUAUUGCUUUUCAUGUCAUCAGGUAUUCGUUAACAUCAACCGUGAAUUUGUUUUAUAUUUUAUACAACCAUUUAGAACGUGUUAGACGCUGCAUUGAUUGUAGCUGACAGUAGUCUGCCUCAGGGUCCAUUGGUUACCUUGAAAGGACCUUACACGUAUAAACCUGUCUGUUCUGUCCUGAUAUUGAAGCUCCUGACUCUUUGCCUUUGCCACCAUCUGUCUUUCUUUCUUUCUAUAUUUUUCUUCCUCUCUCUCUCUUUAUCUCCAUCUCACUUCUUUCCUCUCCCUCACUGCUCAUGCUUUAUAUCACUGCUUACCAUUGGCUGGCUGAUAGGAUGAGGAGCAGAAGCAGGCAGUAAGUGUCUCUAUAUUCAGUUAACUAUACAUUAAUACACUAAUAGAGCAAUACAGUAGCAGACCCACUCAUUCAGCCACCAUAGUAUUAUGUUUCAUACUACUCUCCAAACUUAAUGCAUGUCUGUCUCAGACAGAUCGUGUUUCAAGGAACUUAGAGUAGCAUAUUUGUUUUUUUACAUAUGUACAGUAAACCAUACACUAGACUACAUUAUAAACUGGGUGGUUCGAGCCCUGAUUUGGCUGACAGCCGUGGUAUAUCAGACCGUAUACAACGGGUAUGACAAAACAUUUCUUUUUACUGCACUAAUUACAUUGGUAACCAGUUUAUAAUAGCAAUAAGGCACCUCGGGGGUUUGUGGUGUAUGGCCAAUAUACCACGGCUAAGGGCUGUAUCCAGGCACUCCACGUUGCGUAAGAACAGCCCUUAGCCGUGGUAUAUUGGCCAUAUACUACACCCCCUCAGGCCUUAUUGCUUAAUUAUACCAUGGCAUUGUUGAAUACUUGUUUCUGAUUGGCUUGAAGGGCAUUCUAGAGCGUGCAUUAUUUAAGUGAUAAUGCCCGAUAAGCCAGUGUUUGGAGGAUAUGUUGGCACGGGUGUUAGGCCCGGGACGAAGCAAACUGUGCCAAUAUACAGUGGGGGAAAAAAGUAUUUAGUCAGCCACCAAUUGUGCAAGUUCUCCCACUUAAAAAGAUGAGAGAGGCCUGUAAUUUUCAUCAUAGGUACACAUCAACUAUGACAGACAAAUUGAGAUUUUUUUUCUCCAGAAAAUCACAUUGUAGGAUUUUUAAUGAAUUUAUUUGCAAAUUAUGGUGGAAAAUAAGUAUUUGGUCAAUAACAAAAGUUUCUCAAUACUUUGUUAUAUACCCUUUGUUGGCAAUGACACAGGUCAAACGUUUUCUGUAAGUCUUCACAAGGUUUUCACACACUGUUGCUGGUAUUUUGGCCCAUUCCUCCAUGCAGAUCUCCUCUAGAGCAGUGAUGUUUUGGGGCUGUCGCUGGGCAACACGGACUUUCAACUCCCUCCAAAGAUUUUCUAUGUGGUUGAGAUCUGAAGACUGGCUAGGCCACUCCAGGACCUUGAAAUGCUUCUUACGAAGCCACUCCUUCGUUGCCCGGGCGGUGUGUUUGGGAUCAUUGUCAUGCUGAAAGACCCAGCCACGUUUCAUCUUCAAUGCCCUUGCUGAUGGAAGGAGGUUUUCACUCAAAAUCUCACGAUACAUGGCCCCAUUCAUUCUUUCCUUUACACGGAUCAGUCGUCCUGGUCCCUUUGCAGAAAAACAGCCCCAAAGCAUGAUGUUUCCACCCCCAUGCUUCACAGUAGGUAUGGUGUUCUUUGGAUGCAACUCAGCAUUCUUUGUCCUCCAAACACGGCAAGUUUAGUUUUUACCAAAAAGUUCUAUUUUGGUUUCAUCUGACCAUAUGACAUUCUCCCAAUCCUCUUCUGGAUCAUCCAAAUGCAGUCUAGCAAACUUCAGAUGGGCCUGGACAUGUACUGGCUUAAGCAGGGGGACACGUCUGGCACUGCAGGAUUUGAGUCCCUGGCGGCGUAGUGUGUUACUGAUGGUAGGCUUUGUUACUUUGGUCCCAGCUCUCUGCAGGUCAUUCACUAGGUCCCCCCGUGUGGUUCUGGGAUUUUUGCUCACCGUUCUUGUGAUCAUUUUGACCCCACAGGGUGAGAUCUUGCCCAGAUCGAGGGAGAUUAUCAGUGGUCUUGUAUGUCUUCCAUUUCCUAAUAAUUGCUCCCACAGUUGAUUUCUUCAAACCAAGCUGCUUACCUAUUGCAGAUUCAGUCUUCCCAGCCUGGUGCAGGUCUACAAUUGUGUUUCUGGUGUCCUUUGACAGCUCUUUGGUCUUGGCCAUAGUGGAGUUUGGAGUGUGACUGUUUGAGGUUGUGGACAGGUGUCUUUUAUACUGAUAACAAGUUCAAACAGGUGCCAUUAAUACAGGUAACGAGUGGAGGACAGAGGAGCCUCUUAAAGAAAAGUUACAGGUCUGUGAGAGCCAGAAAUCUUGCUUGUUUGUAGGUGACCAAAUACUUAUUUUCCACCAUAAUUUGCAAAUAAAUUCAUUAAAAAUCCUACAAUGUGAUUUUCUGGAAAAAAAAUUCUCAAUUUGUCUGUCAUAGUUGACGUGUACCUAUGAUGAAAAUUACAGGCCUCUCUCAUCUUUUUAAGUGGGAGAACUUGCACAAUUGGUGGCUGACUAAAUACUUUUUUUCCCCACUGUAUCCACCAAACACUGGCUUAUCGGGCAUUCUCACUUUUAUGCAUCUGGUUACCAACAUAUUCAAAUAAUGAUUGACAUAUUUUCAUUAAAAACAUUAUUUUUAUGAAUUUAUUCAUAUUAUUUCAUCCUUCCACAAGAUAUAGUCCCGACACAAAUCUAGGGUUGCUACCCAAGCUGGGUGGUCGUUCGUUCUAUUGGUUCGGUUGCCAUACUGGCUGGCAAAGUUCUUAUCCCUUGCUUGCUAACUAGCCAACUACGGCUAACUUAGUCACGUCAAACAUCAAAAAGAAUAACAACAGUAGCUGCAUUUGCAUUUGUUUAAGCUGUUUUCUAGUGACAUUUAUUUGGAUACAUCCAUAACAAUGAGCUAAUGUCAGAGAGACAGACAGCAAGGUUUAUACAAAUCUCCGCUGUUGAAAACGAAAUGUUAGUCCCCUGUAGCUCAGUUGGUAGAGCAUGGCGCUUGCAAUGCCAGGGUUGUGGGUUUGUUUCCCACGGGGGGCCAGUAUGAAAAUGUAUGCACUCACUAACUGUAAGUCGCUCUGGAUAAGAGCGUCUGCUAAAUGACCAAAAUGUAAAAGAAAUGUGAGAAUGUCUAGAUGCUUUUUAUAGUGGAGAUCAAGCUUAUAAAUUGCCUGGCUGGGCUGAUGAGACAGUGGAUUGCGCAGUCAGAUGGAACAGAGUAAAUAGGCAUUUUAACGUCAUAGAUUUAGCCGGUGGUAACUUGUGGAAUAGACACAGGCUGGAAUGCGCUUUUAACCAAUCAGCAUUCAGGGUUAGACCCACCCGUUGUAUAAUCCCUAUAACGCUCGGUAUAUCAGCACGGUAGAAUUCAAUGGCUAUAGUUCAUUCUUACAUGUUCUAUGUUUCAGAUGCUUUUGAAAGCAAAAGUUGAAAUGAAAACAUUAUUGGCAUUGAUUAAGGCAAGUCUGUUUGUUUGGUUACCAAGGCAACUACUGUAGCUAUCUAGUAAACUUGCUAGCUACUUCAGUGGAUGUUGAACACAUUUUGACCUGCAAAUACACACAUUUCUAGCAGCAAAUGUGUUAAAUUAUAGUCAUAGUAUAAAAGGGAUAAUCGACUCGGGGCUCUAUGCGUUCUCUGGCAAAACAUGCAACUCCGUGGAAGGUUAGUUUCACUCCACUAGCAUGUCAUGGAAAUCACCUUCCACUUCGUUCAUAAUUCUCCAUAGAACACAUAGCCCCUCGUUGAUUAUCCCUUACAUAUUAUAGUCUACUGUUACCUUUUUGGUCAUUUCUAUAUGAGAGAACAUACAUUCUAAUCUACACUAAGUUACAAUUUUAUAUCUAGGUUAUAUGUUGCUUCAUGAGAUAUCAUACAGUCAAUUCUAGACUGAGGUAAAGUCCUUUAGUGUGCUAGGUUAUUUGGUGAGAACUCCACCAUGUAUUCCUUUCUUUGCCAAACAAACGUCUGAGACCUGUUCCUUUCAUCAAAACGAACAACCUUCCCUCUAAUGUGACUGCAGUCUGGCUAACCAUCUGCUGCCUGGCUCUGAGCCAUACAGUCCUGGACCCGGCCAGACCUGGGUUCAAAGUAAACAGUACUCGAAAUCUUUCCAAUACCUCUGUAUUUUCUCUAGCCUGCCUGGAGUGCCAGUUGUGGCGGGGUUUGUAGUUUUGGGACUAUCCUAUUCGUCCAUUUUAAGCUAGGCAGGCUCAAUCAAGCACAGAUAAAGUAUUUGAAAUGAUUCAAAUAGUGUUUGAACCCAGGUCUGGCCAAGGGCCCUGCACCAACCCUCUCCUCUCCCCUCCUUACCUCCUCCCCACCCUAGGAAGGACACAGUGCCCCUUUCUCCAGGCAACAUAGUACCCAGGCGGCACAUUACAGGCCCCUCUUUAGCCCCUGCAGGAAGACAGGCAGGCUCACACAUGGUUCUCAUUAGCUUUCAGAGCAGUAAAGGUGCUGUAAUAGACAGGGAGUAUAUGUUUAGGUGUGUGUGGGUCGGGGGGGGUGUAGGUGUGUGUGUGUGUCGGGGGGGUGUAGAGGUGUGUGUGUGUGUCGUGGGGGGUGUAGGUGUGUGUGUGUGUCAUGGGGGGUGUAGGUGUGUGUGUGCAUAUGUGUGUUUUCUUAGCAAAGACAAUAAGUGGUGGUCUAGGCCUCCUCUAAUCCUAACCCUACCCAUGGUGGUGUUGGGAUGUUUCUAUAGUAUUUGGAUCCUAACCCAUGGUGGUGUUGGUAUAUUUCUAUAGUAUUUGGAUCCUAACCCAUGGUGGUGUUGGUAUAUUUCUAUAGUAUUUGGAUCCUAACCCAUGGUGGUGUUGGUAUAUUUCUAUAGUAUUUGGAUCCUAACCCAUGGUGAUGUUGGGAUGUUUCUAUAGUAUUUGGAUCCUAACCCAUGGUGGUGUUGGUAUGUUUCUAUAGUAUUUGGAUCCUAACCCAUGGUGAUGUUGGUAUGUUUCUAUAGUAUUUGGAUCCUAACCCAUGGUGAUGUUGGUAUAUUUCUAUAGUAUUUGGAUCCUAACCCAUGGUGAUGUUGGUAUAUUUCUAUAGUAUUUGGAUCCUAACCCAUGGUGAUGUUGGGAUGUUUCUAUAGUAUUUGGAUCCUAACCCAUGGUGGUGUUGGUAUAUUUCUAUAGUAUUUGGAUCCUAACCCAUGGUGAUGUUGGUAUGUUUCUAUAGUAUUUGGAUCCUAACCCAUGGUGGUGUUGGUAUAUUUCUAUAGUAUUUGGAUCCUAACCCAUGGUGGUGUUGGUAUAUUUCUAUAGUAUUUGGAUCCUAACCCAUGGUGAUGUUGGUAUGUUUCUAUAGUAUUUGGAUCCUAACCCAUGGUGGUGUUGGUAUGUUUCUAUAGUAUUUGGAUCCUAACCCAUGGUGGUGUUGGUAUAUUUCUAUAGUAUUUGGAUCCUAACCCAUGGUGGUGUUGGUAUAUUUCUAUAGUAUUUGGAUCCUAACCCAUGGUGGUGUUGGUAUGUUAUGUUAUCAGGCACAGACAGGAGGCUCACCCCACUCCUCCCCCAGCCACGGGGCAGGCUGCUCCAUGCCCAUGCCCAUCCGCUCCACCUCAGCUGGGUCCACCCCCACCCACACACCCCAGGACUGCCUGGCCGGGGUGGGGGGGGACGUGCUGGAGGCCUUCGCUCAGGGUGAGUCCUGGACCUCCACCUAGCGGGCGAAACUGGUUGAAAUGACAUCAGUUUCUGGUUGAAAAGGCAUCAUGACAUCAUUUCAACCUGUUUUCCCCGCCGGACUAUGUCCUCCUUUAGAUCCAAUGUGACCCAGUGCCUGUCUGUUGUUAGUUAUCCUUGCCUUGUUUGUGUCAAGGAGAACACAACAGUUUGACCUGUGUUUGAGCUGUGCCAAAUUUGAUGAAAGUAUGUUUUUUUUUUUUUUACCAUGUCUAAAAAAUACUAGCCACUAAAUGCCAUGUAAAUCACUUACUUCUAUCAUUGACUGUGUCCUCUGUCUUUCAGGUGUACCUAGAAAUCUUCGUAAUGAUCUAUUGGUCGCUGCAGAUUCAAUCACAAACACAAUGUCUUCACUCGUCAAAGAACUCCACUCAGGUUAGUUGAAAGGCACAUGACUUCCUGGUUGCCUGUGUUUGUUUUAUAACUCUGGGACUGAAGAUAUCAUCUCUGAAUUAUUUGGGUCUCUGUCAUAAAGUAGAUGAUGCUGCAGAGGAAGAGGACAACAACAUGAGGAACGGAGGCCUAAGGGACAGGGGUGAAUAAGUCUUGGCUCAGUAUUAUGUUAUUAACAUUGCUUAGUUCCUGUAUCAAGCUGUUUGAGAUUUUGAAACGUCAUUCCUUUGAAACAUCAUUCUAGUAUUCUAAUUGUAAUUCUCCAUUCCAAAAGGAAGCAGGUCAUUAUUUGUGGUAAUCGUAUGUAUUAGACUUUUAUGUUACUGCAAAUAACGGAUCAUUUCUCACUGUUUUCCAGCCGAGGCAGAAUGAAAGGAGUGGAAAAAGUAUGUAUGAAUAUUCUGAUAUCUGUGAUAUUGUCCGUAUAAUAUCAUCCCAUAGUAAUUCAUUAGUAAUUCAUAUUGUAAUAUAACAAAUCUGCCAAGGACCUAUGAACAAAACAGAGAUCAGAGGAACUUUUUCAGUCGAAAUCCAAACUUCCUCUGUGAAUAGUUAUCUUUAUGGUUAUUUUGUGCCCCAGUCUAAAACCUAUCCUUCUUCCCUGUCUGUCUGUGUGUCUUCAGGCACAGUGAGAGAAGUAAAGCAUCAUCGAGGGAGCAACAACCACUCCAUCUAUACCGGAUGUCAGACUGGACUUGACUGGAAAAGAAGAAUCCAAAUGAGAAUCAGUCACACCAACCAAACCCUUCUAUCAGGCAUAAGCACGUAGAGUAAUGCAUGCUGUUAUCAAACAGGAUUUCACUAUGUGAACUACUAUCAAACAUGUUUAUUACACCUUGCUGCGGAAAAAAAAGCAAGAUGUGUCUAUUAGCGAGUGUAUAUGUUGUUCUGUAUAAAAACUUAAAGCUGUAAUUAUUAUGUAUUGAUUGAUUCCCCUCAUCAUGACUGCAAUGGUCAAAGCUCUAAGGAAUGGCUAGCUGUGCUUUCUCUCAACCUGUCUUGUCAAUAACAGACCAUUCUGUUUCAAUCCCAAAUGGCACCCUAUUCCCUAUAUCGCGCAGGACUUUUGACCAG